UUAAUACGUAGUGGCGUUAUGGGCGGAGUCUGUGGCACUACGGUGAGUUUUCUCCAGCGGUUGCAUAACAGCCAGCACCUGGCCCAGGAGGUAGGAGAGACGAGCAGCCUGCUCCCCCCUCUGUCUGAAGUUUCAGGUAUCUACGGAAAUGAAUGGUGCAGUGGCCAUGGAGGCCACAAGGAGGCGUAACCAGCACAGUGCCAAUGGGAAAACAUCUGAACAGAGGAAGCAGCCAGCACAGUGGGGGAGAGCAUGGGAGGUGGACUGGUUUUCCCUCAUUUGCGUGUUUGGCCUCCUUUGCUUUGCCCCUUUCAUUGUCUUCUACUUUGUGAUGGCCUGUGAUCAGUACCAGUGCUCCAUCAGCCAGCCUCUGUUUGAGUUGUACCGAGGAGAGACCACGCUGCUCUCCAUCUGGGCCCGGGCACCCUCCUUCACCUGGUCAGCUGCCAAGAUAUAUGCCAUCUGGGUGGCCUUCCAGGUGUUCCUGUAUAUGUGUGUUCCUGAUGUCACUCAUAAGUUUAUUCCUGGCUACGUUGGUGGAGUGCAGGACGGAGCACGGACUCCUGCUGGCCUGAUUAAUAAGUAUGAGAUCAAUGGGCUGCAGUGUUGGCUGGUCACUCAUGCUCUGUGGUUGGCCAAUGCCCACUAUUUCCACUGGUUUUCUCCCACCAUCAUCUUUGACAACUGGAUCCCCCUGAUGUGGUGUGCUAACAUACUGGGCUACGCUGUGUCCACCUUUGCUUUCAUAAAGGCCUACUUUUUCCCCACAAACUCUGAAGACUGCAAGUUCACAGGGAACAUCUUCUACAACUACAUGAUGGGCAUCGAGUUCAACCCACGCAUUGGCAAGUGGUUUGACUUCAAGCUUUUCUUCAAUGGCCGGCCCGGCAUUGUAGCCUGGACUCUUAUCAAUCUGUCCUACAUGGCCAAGCAGCAAGAACUGUACGGCCAUGUCACCAACUCCAUGAUCCUGGUCAACGUACUGCAGGCCAUUUACGUGUUGGAUUUCUUCUGGAACGAAGCAUGGUACCUGAAGACCAUUGAUAUUUGCCACGACCACUUUGGAUGGUAUCUGGGCUGGGGUGACUGUGUCUGGCUGCCAUACCUCUACACACUGCAGGGUCUGUACCUAGUGUACCACCCAGUCCAGCUCUUAAACACCCACGCCCUGGCUGUACUGUUGCUCGGCCUCGUUGGGUAUUACAUCUUCCGCUCCACCAACCACCAGAAGGAUCUGUUUCGGCGCACCGAGGGCUGCUGCUCCAUCUGGGGCCGGAAGCCAACGUACAUCGAGUGCUCGUACCACUCCGCUGAUGGCGGCGUCCACCGCAGCAAGCUCCUGACCUCGGGUUUCUGGGGAAUGGCCCGGCACUUCAACUACACUGGCGACCUGAUGGGUUCAUUGGCCUACUGUGCCGCCUGUGGCUUCGGCCACAUACUCCCAUACUUCUACAUUGUUUAUAUGACCAUCCUGCUGGUCCACCGCUGUGUGCGCGAUGAGCACCGCUGCAGCAGCAAGUAUGGCAAGGACUGGAAACGCUACACAGAUACUGUGCCUUACCGGCUAGUUCCUGGGGUGUUUUAGAGAGGGGAAGAGGAGUGGGAGGAGGGAGGGAGAGAGGUAGGGUGGGGGCUAAGAUUAAGCUAGAUAUAGAAAUGAUGAAAUUGGAAUGGGGUGUGUGUGUGUGACUGUGUAUACAUGUGUGUUUUAUACAUACCACACUGAUGAACAUUUUAACACCACAUUUCUUACAUUUUGUAAUUUGUAUGUAUUUCUAAUUGAUGUUUAGACUGCUGUACAUGUGUAUAUGCAGGUACAGACAGUUUACUGCUAUAUUUCUCUGCCUCAGGAAAGGCAGUUUGAUACAGCAGUCUGCUGCUUUCGAUAUGCUGUGACCAUUCAACACCUUUAUUAAAAACAAUCCAAUGAUAAGUUUGUCAGUUUGAUAGUAAUUUAUCAAGAAAAAUACCAAAACAUGGUGGAGCAUUUGAUGUUUUCAGUUAUAUAUUAUUGUAAAUGUAACACCUGUUGAGAAUAAAAGUAAGCAAUGUAACGAUGUCACAUGGCACUUGGGGCUAUUCAUUAUUUUUGGUAUUUUUAAGCUAAAUGAGUAAUGAAAAACGGAUAUUUUUUAUUAAUCAAUUUUGACUACAAUAAUUUGUUGCUGCCCUACUGACUUCAACAGCAACAAAAAGCACUUUCUGUUCUUUCUGAUGUUAACUAAGCCUGUAAAGCAUUCUGAAACUCAACAAUUACAAGUUAGUUAUAUCAUUGCAUUUGCUUUGUGUUAAACCAACAUGUUGAGUAGAUCGAGGUCUGGCUAAGUUUAAGCUCUAUGCUGAUAGAAAUGUUCUUUUCUAUAUCCAACCAUCCCAUUUGUUUUGUUUUUAUUUCCUCAUACCAGCACUGCCUUUCUUAUAGUAACAAAAUAAACUUUAAUUUUUGUUAUGACUA